GGGAUGUCAGAGUCCUCGUCCAGGGGCUACACCAAGAUCCGGGACAUUGGCUCAGGCAGCUAUGGCAAGGCCGUUCUGGUGCAGGACAAAGAGAACAAGCUCUAUGUCAUGAAGAUCAUUGACAUGAGCCGAAUGGACACCAAGCAGAGAAAGGAUGCGAUCAAUGAGGUGAGGGUCUUGUCUUCCCUCAAACACCCUUACAUUGUGUCGUACAGAGAAAGCUACACCGAGAAUCGGAACUUGGCUAUUGUCAUGGACUAUGCCGACGGUGGGGACCUGCAUCAGCGGAUCCAACGGACUCGACAAGCGGGGAAGGUCUUUUCGGAAGAUCGCAUUGUGAGGUGGCUGACGGAAGCAACUUUGGCGCUCAAGUAUCUGCAUGACAAACAUGUCUUGCACAGAGACCUGAAGAGCCAAAAUCUCUUCUUGACUGCAAAGGACAGGUUGAGGAUAGGAGACUUUGGUAUCUCCAAGGUCCUGGAAAGCACCUGUGCCUUUGCCAAGACGACCAUCGGCACACCUUACUAUCUGAGUCCUGAGAUUUGUAUGGAGAAACCUUAUACCUUCAGCAGUGACAUUUGGGCCCUUGGCUGCGUGGUUUACGAGCUCGCUUGCCUUAGAGUGCCAUUCGAUGCUACAAGUCUCCAGUCGCUGGUGCAAAAGAUUACGCGUGGACCCACACCUCUGCUGCCCAACAGCUAUUCUGCGGAGCUGCGUCAAUUGGGUGGGGACUUGCUUCACCGAGAGCAAUCCCAAAGGCCCAGCGCGCAGGAGAUCCUGCAACGGCCUCUGAUGCAGCAAGAGAUUCGCAAGAUGCUCCGUGAGGAGCAGGCCAAAAGUCGCCCAACAGAGGCAGCUCCAGCACCAGCUCCUCCCACCACGGAGAUGAAGAAGUCUCCCAGCAUACAGAGCGAGGUGCGAAGAGAACGUACCACGGACAGCGAAGAGGGUGAUGGAGGUCUCUCGUCGCGAUGGCAGCAAAAUCCAGCGCUCAAAGGAGCUGGUGCUAUUUGCAUGGACGGCGGACGGGAAAAUCAAAACCGCUUUGGCGAUCCGCUGCCUUCGAGGCCGGCCCCAAGCCGAUUGGCAGAAGGACCAGCGUUACGUCCACCACCACCUGGUUUGAAAGCUCGUCGAUAGAGGAACUUAUCGUAUUGAUGCCUCUGGCUGAAAAUCGGGCCGGAUGUAGACGUUUUUUACAUACCGAGAAGUCCAAAGGAGUCCAAAG